AUGGCAAAAUAUGGUAAAUGCUCUGGAUGCAAUAAAAACAAGUCCCUUAAAUAUGGGAACGCUGACUCGUGUGCUGGUUGUUAUUUUGCACAAUUUCUGUCUGUUAAUAGCGGGAAUUCAGACAUUGAUAACUUAAUUAAAGCAACACAGAGAAAUAAUAUUCAAUUUAAGUUAGAAUGGAUCUCAUUUGAAGAUUUUGUGGAUGUCCAAACGAUUGCAGAGGGUGGAUUUAGUAUGAUAUUUACCGCUGAAUGGAGAAAAGGAAGAGUGAAGGGUUAUUCUAAAGGAAAACUUUAUCGAACAGGUCCUAUAAAGGUAGUAUUAAAAGUCCUUAAAGAUUCUGAAAAUAUAAACUCGACAUUUAUAAAGGAGUUGCAGAAUAUUACUGAAACUCAACCUAACUCCUCUAUACGUAAUCUUGUUCAUUGUUAUGGAUAUUUUGAUGAUAUCAAAUGGAUGGACUGGGGAGAAAUCGACCCGCGAAUGAGGAUCCAGGAUUAA